GGGGGCGGAGCGGAGGAGGUCGGAGCCGGGGCCCGCGGCGGGCCCGGAGCAUGGAGAGCCCCGAGAGCAGCGAGUCCCUGCGGGGCGAGAUCAGCUUCUGGGCUGACCGGACCCCAGUUCAUGAAGCAGCCAGGAGGGGAGAGAUUCUGCAGCUGCAGCAGCUGAUAGAGAGGGGAGCCUGUGUCAAUGCCGUCACCUAUGACUCUAUCACCCCUCUGCAUGAGGCGAGCCUGCGGGGGCAAACGCAGUGUGUCAAGCUCCUGCUGGCUGCAGGGGCCCAGGUGGAUGCCAGGAACAUAGAUGGCAGUACUCCCCUCUGCGACGCCUGUGCCUCGGGUAGCAUAGAGUGUGUCAAAGUGCUGCUGUCCCAUGGUGCCAAGGUGAACCCUCCCCUGUACACAGCCUCUCCUCUCCACGAAGCCUGCAUGAAUGGUAGUUCCGAGUGUGUGCAGCUCCUCAUCGACGUCGGUGCCAACUUGGAGGCUCAUGACUGCCAUUUCGGGACUCCUCUCCAUGUGGCUUGUGCUAGGGAGCAUCUGGACUGUGCCAAGCUGCUGCUCAAGGCAGGGGCUAAUGUGAAUGCUGCUAAACUUCACGAGACAGCCCUGCACCACGCAGCCAAGGUGAAGAACGUAGACCUGGUGGAGAUGCUGAUUGAGUUUGGAGGAAACAUCUAUGCAAGGGACAACCGAGGGAAGAAGCCGUCGGAUUACACUUGGAGCAGCAGUCCCACAGCAAAGUGCUUUGAAUACUAUGAAAAAACACCCCUGAGCCUGUCCCAGCUCUGCAGGGUUACAGUGAGGAAAGCAGCCGGGCAGCGGGCGCUGGAGAAGAUCGCCAAGCUCAAUAUCCCUCCACGGUUAAUCCAGUACCUGUCCUACAACUGACAGCGGUGCAGG